AUAAUUCAUAAAUGCGUCCUACAGCAUACCCCAAGUUAUACUCGCAAUAGGAAAUAUCUUUCAAGGGCUGCCAAACAGAAAAUUUACGGGAAAAAGCAAGACAAAAAUCAGAAAAAGCAAUGCCCCUUUUCAGUUUGAACAGUUUUGUACUAGAAUUGUAGCUCCAGAGUUCGUACGUCAAAUCAGAGGGAGGAGAGUGAAGUAUCGACGGUGCCUGAACAAGGAUUGAAUGCAAAAGUUCCAAUGAUUAGGCAGAAAGACGGAAUUAUUAAAAAAAUAUCAAGUACUGGAGAGAAAGCAAGUUUACCGGAGGGAACAGAACGUGAUGCAAGCAUGAUAAAUGACAACAAAUUCGUGAGAAAUACUAAUAAAAGAAAAAGGAAGACACGAUGCUAUGUUUGUGGUGAUGUUGGUCACGAUGGGGAGAUUUGCCACAAGGUGACUAGUUGCUUGAUCUGCUCCAAUAAGGGUCACCUCAUCACAGACUGUCCAAAUAAAAAUGACUUGGUGGAUUUUACCUCUCGACUAUGUGUUAAAUGUGGAAACACGGGGCAUGACAUUGUCUCGUGUACCCAUAACUAUGACUCAGAAGAUCUCAAGGCAUGUGAACAUUAUGCUAUGGAUUGUUACAUUUGCGGAAAGUCUGGUCAUCUGUGCUGUGUGGACGAUAAAUCUGAUGAGUCAACAGGAGCUUCGUGUUACAAAUGUGGGCUGUUGGGCCACUUUGGUUCGGAUUGCGUGAAACUAAACGAUGUUGCCGCUUUUGAUUCUAAAGCCUUUUGCAAGAGAUGCAACUUGAGUGGUCAUUACAGACGAAAAUGCCCCCAAAAGACUGCAGCCGAGAGAGCAGAAAAGAGGAGGGCCCAAAGAGCCCGUCGAUCGAUGAAGAAAAAAAACCCGAACCCAAUACUCAACACAAAUCAAAACCAGCAGCAGCCCAAUGCACGAAGGCCACCGCAUUUAGUCGGCCCAUCUCACGAACAGCCCGAAUCAAACGUCUGCCCACCUCCAAUUGCAAGAGCCAACCCUAAUAAUACCCACCAGGUGGGCCCGGUAUCGGGCCCGGACAUCUGGCCACCUCCAACCACAGGAGCCAACCCUAAUAAUACCCACCAGGUGGGCCCGGGCCCGGGCCCGGACAUCUGGCCACCUCCAACCACAAGAGCCAACCCUAAUAAUACCCACGUUGCUAUGAAUUGUUACAUUUGCGGAAAGUCUGGUCAUUUGUGCUGUGUGGACGAUAAAUCUGAUGGGUCAACAGGAGCUUCGUGUUGCAAAUGUGGACGGUUGGGCCACUUUGGUUCGGAUUGCAUGAAGAUGAAACUAAAUGAUGUUGCCGCCUUUGAUCCUCAAGCCUUUUGCAAGAGAUGCAAAUUGAGUGGUCAUUACAGACGAAAAUGCCCCCAAAAGCAACAGCCCAAUGCACGAAGGCCCCCGCAAUUAGUCGGCCCAUCUCACGAACAGCCCGAAUCUAACGUCUGGCAACCUCCAACCGCAAGAGCCAACCCAAAUAAUACCCACCAGGUGGGCCCGGGCCCAGGCCCGGACAUCUGGCAACCUCCAACAACAAGAGCCAACCCUAAUAAUACCUACCAGGUGGGCCCGGGCCCAGGACCAGGCCCGUUACCUCCUCAUCAGUAUCAUAUGACUCAUCAGUUGGGUACUCGAGUACCCAACUUCCGGUAUCCGCAAAAUCAGUAUUGGAACUUUCCAAGCAGACCUCAAAUUACUGAAAUGCCCUUCAGCCGAGGUCGGAUAAUGGUACUUCCUCCUCAGCCUCAGACACAGAGUCGAAUUUUCCGAACACAUGCGGAUGUGCAAACUGAGGCAGUGUUUCCUCAGACCGUAUCUCGAGUUAAUCCAAAUUAUAACAUUCCAGUUUUGCCCUCCCAAUUUCCUGCUGUGGUUCAGAAUAAUCCUUGGCCAUAUCCUAGUCAUCGAGCUCCGGUUCUUGGCCCCUUGACCGGAAAUUAUUUUUCUCAACGGCUGAUUUACCGUGAGACGGGGGCUGUGCCGCCACCUCAUCAUUUACAAACCUAUGGAAGGCUGCCUUAG